UUGCAAGUUAAAAUUUUGUUUAUUUGAUUAACUGCCAAAGACAACUCUUUCAGACAUGGCAUGUUCAUUUGCAGUCUUUCUUUUUCUUGUUACAGUUUGUAUGAGUGAAUUAGCAUUCCAGUGGAACUCUAAUCCCAUCAGCUGCUGUAAAAGUAUAAGAAACAAGCCAUUUCCAAUACACAAACUAGAGAACUUCACAUUCCAAACAAAAGAUAGUCAUUGCAGAAUUGAAGCUAUCGUAUUUGACACAGUAUGCAACAAAAAGGUCUGUGGAAAUCCAAAAAAUACCUGGGUGCGCCAAGCAAUAAAAGUGUUACAAGGAAGAGUUGAAAAGAGCAACUUAGAAAAGUGUUAGAAGAAUGGAUCAUCAUAACUAACAUAGUCUGUUUUGUCCAAAAAUAUCUUUUCUAUUUAAUUUUCUUUAAAAUAUCUUCAAAUAACUGUUACUGCAUGUUCUCUCAUAUCUUGCUGAUGAAGCUCAGAUUUUAGUUAGGUAUAAGUGAAGGUUCUGCUUACUAAAACGAAUGGUGGUAAAUUGUAUGGUCUUCAAAUGAGUUCAUUUUUUGGGAGACAUAUUUGCUAUGAGUAAGCUACCCUAAUUUCCAAAUAAUGAUAUAGAUGGCUGUAUAAUUUCUUUUACAUUUACUGACAAUAGUGUAGAAUAAACUUAGUGGAAAAUCUUAAUUAUGCAUCAGAACCUACCUGGUACUAAUGCUUACUAGAUAACAUUGCUAUAUACCUUUGUAGCUGCUCUGUCUAACUAAUAAAUAUCAAGUUCAUGCAA